AUGCUAAAGAGUACGCUGAAAGCGUCAAGAAUCAAACUUCCAAUUUCAAAAUUUCCUUCACCAUACUAUCACUAUGCGACCUACUUAGAAAACCUUUCACUGCGGGAAUUGGAAUAUGCUGCCAACACUUUGUUAAGAACAUUCUGCGAAAAUAAUUUUGACGAUAGCAGGAAUAAUUAUAUGAAAUCCGAAAUAGAAUUCCUCGUCACGAUUCUAUUUAAGCUAUUCCUUUGUCAAGCCACAAAUCUCCAUACACUGACCAUCGACAAAUCUUUCGAAUUCACCGACAUUCCUGGAACAUCGGUAUUCUCAAUGCCAGCAUGUUUAUCGAGGAUCGUGAAAUUAGAAAUAAUUUUUCAAAAAACUCCCAAUUUCCUCCUGCUACUCGAAGUAUUACCUUCAAUCUGCACAAGCAUCAUGAAUUUUAGUAUACAAUUUCCUUCCGCGGAGACCAGACUGACUGAUAUCGAAAACAAAGUAGAAGAUGAUGCUAGGAAAAAAGUUGCGGAUAUAGAAAAUGACGAAACGAUAUGUAAUAAUAUAUCGAAUAUCAUCAGAUCGCAAAAGAAUCUACAGGAGUUCCACGUUGUAGGCGGAAACUCCGUUGUCGGCAAAUUCUUUUCCUCCCUACAGUAUCAGUUCAGGAAUUUGCGUACCUUGGAAUUUAACUCGGUAAAUCUCUCGGGAGUCAACCUAAAGGACCUGAGCACAUUCCAAACUUUGAAAUCACUGGCUUUCUGGAAUUGCCAGGAAUUUACAAUGAACGAGGCCAAGAGUCUGAUGAGCCCCAAGUAUCGAUUGCGCGAAUUACGGCUGUGGUCAUCGCGAAAAUCUCCUGGUGUGACGGCGACGAUCAUCAAGCACGUGGGAAGAACUGUUAAGAAAUUGUGGGUGGACGUGUUAUCACCAGAAACCAUUCAUGCCAUCGCCAAUUAUUGCCCGAUAGUGACGGACAUCAGGGUAUUGGAUUAUCUGCCGAAACAACUUCCGCUUCUGGUCAAAUUGCUAAAGGAGAAGCGAAUAGAAAAGCUGACGAUUUCCAGAGAGACUAACGUUGAGCUGGGCGUUAUCAAUUUAACGGGACGAGAUUUCCCGGAAGAAUUGAAGUACUUGAAGCUGGAUUGUGGGGUGAGCGCGGAACAAUUAGAGGAGUUGUUGAAGGGGUGCAAGUGUGAAUUGAAAACCUUGAUAGUGAGCUAUUUUAAGGUGGGGAUUGCGCAUCUAAAAGUGAUCUCCGAGUUUGCAAAGUCAACAAAGAGUUUAAAAAUACUGGGGGUUGGAGGGAAACAAGAGUACAGUGAAAAAGAGAGAAUGGAAUUGGAGAUGCUGCAUAAAAAUUAUGGGAUUUACAUAAUUCCGUUGAGCGACUUUGACUACUGGUGA